CCUCCAGCACAUCCUGCCAGGAAGUCCAUCGCUAUUUUCCAGGGAUUGAUAAAUAUAGAGCAGCCUGGAUCUGGGGUCCUCUGAGCUCUGCAAGCCCCCCGCAGCUCCUGCUCCCCAGAGCUGCCAGUCAGUCAAUGCACAGUAAUCUCCAGCAGGCGAGGUCUGGCUCCCCCCCCUUGCCGGCUGUGUACUAAUACCAGCCUUUCUAUUCCAGACACCACCCAAGAAGGUGCAAAUGCCCUAAUUUAGGAGAUACCUCCUGCCCAAUGAGAGCAGAGGGACAGGACAACACCCCCAGACUCCACCUCCAGCCUCAGCUCUCACCAAGGAGUGUGUGAGUGAGUAAGACUGAGAGGAGGAGAGACAUCUCAACAUCAUCUGUAUCUACAUCAACGAGGAAGCCAAGGUAGGGGGGUGAACAAAGGGGAGGGGAGGUCCUGGGGGGUAGAAUUUAGGAAAGAGUGGAGUGUGUGGGUUAUGUAUGUACAGAUAUAUAAUCCGUUUAUCAGACCAGGAGAAUGGAUGGCUGCAGAUGUAUUAUUCCUGAAACAGAAUACAGUGAUUUCGUUGCUAUGGAAUAAGAAAAACAUUUUUUAUAUAUAUUUAAUAUACAAUAUCCAUAUCUAAAAGCAUAGAAAGAUGUGUUGAAUCUACGACAUUUUUAAUAAUAAAUUGCUUCAGAUAUGAGGAAGUCUCUAGGAAGCUUAUAACUAGCAUGCUGAUCUAAUUAAAAUAAAAAUAAAUAAAUGGUAUCAUUGCAUACUGCAAUACUGAUUAUUUUGUCAUCUUUAUAAUAAAUCCAAAUAAACUAAUAAUAAAUCAUCAUCAUCAAGACUACUGAUUAUGGAAAAACCUAAAUUAUUUUAAAAUUGUGAUUAAUUAUUACUAUCAUUAUCUGACAGAUCAACAGCUAACAGUGACAGGCAUAAGACCAGUUUGGCGGUUUUAGAAUUACAUUCUUAUUAUAUUGGGUAAGGGUGCAAUAUUAUGCUUAUACUAUUAUAAAUAUAAGUAAAAAAAAAAAAAAUUCUUAAGGCCAAUAUUUAAUGCAAUUAUAGUUUUAGUGAAUUAAAGAAUAAAAUUGGUUUACCUCAGUUGAUACAAAACCAAGUCCUUAACUGGAGGCUAAACCACAUCAUUCAAUACAUUUUCACAGCCAUAGUCCUAACAUAUCAAUGCAGGAUUAUCAAUUUAUGCUGAAUCUCUAAAAACAGAUGAAACACAGAAAAGCUGUAGAACCAUAAAAGAAUUAGACGUUCCAACUUAAUAAAAUAAAUAAAUAAAUAAAAUCAAUGGAACCAUUUGGAAUUCCCACAACAAAAAUAAUCAAAAGGAAUAGGUGUCACAUAAAUCACAUUAAAGAAAUAAAAAGGAGCACUAAAGUCACCCGCACCACUACAUCUCAAUGAAGUGGUCCUGUCUGUUUAACCCUGCAGUGUAAAGAAACUGCCCCUAGUGGAUGUCUUACUGACAGCAAGCAGAGGCAUUGCCUCCUGCAGAAUAGAGUAAAUCUCUGUCCUGGAAUCAAGUGUUGCUCAUAGUUCAUUUGACUGGAGAAGUGUUUCUUUCUAAUCUAUUGCUUCUAACCCAGAACAUGCAUUUCUACAUAGCGGUGCAGCCCUGAAGACCAACUAUUCAAUAAUGUGCAAACAGAUGCAAUAUCAUUAAAACCCACCAUAUUGCAAAUUCUAGCACUAUACUGAUCGUUGGCAUAGUUAUAAGAUUCCCAUGGGUUCCACGGUGUAAAGAGUUAGCUAAAUCUUCAGUCUAGGGUCUUACUAUAAAUAUUAAUUAAAUGGGCAGCAACGAAAUCCUGCACCUCGGACAUUCAUUGUGCAGGGGGUUUAGGAUUGUAAAAAUCCUCUAAAAGCAGACUGACUAAUAUACAAGCUCUACGGAUUUACAGAAAAGCCAAAAACAACUCGUAUGUUAAAUACAAACAUUUUGCUUUGCAAAACAAGCAAUGAUCCUCAAAUUUAAAAAACAGGUCAAACUUAACUUUUCUUAUAUUAAAAAAAAACAACGGUUUUUCUAUUGUAUUUCAAUAACUCGGCUGUUUGAAAAUAGAAAGGUAUCAUUCAUUUUUGUAAAUUAAAAAAAAAAAAAAGAAGGUUUAAAGCAACAUUCUUCUUCUUCGUAAAAAACAAACAAAACACAAAACACUUUCUUGACAACACUUAAAAACAGGCUUGGGUUGGGUUUUUUUUUUUUUUGCAUCUUACAGACUUUCAUCCAAAGCACACAUUGUAACCCUUAUAGUCCCAUCCAGUUUCUCUUCUGACAACGUUAAACAACCCUAUGUAACACACAUUGUAAACACUUUCUUCUGUUUACAUUCUUUGUUCUGUAACCGUAAUCAAAAACAACCACAUUUGAACUGAAUCCAAAAACCUGACAAGUUUGUAUCAUGUACUCCGGAUUAAAAAUCCUUAGACACUGUAAACUAUCUAUUAAAGGACCACUAUAGUGCCAGGAAAACAAACUCGUUUUCCUGGCACUAUAGUACCAUGAGGGUUACCACAUGAAAGCUUUGUCACUGUAAGUGCCUGAGCUCAUUAGACCGUUACUUAUGGUCUUGCACCCGGUGGAGGCGCCGACCAGACUCCCAGCAUACUGGAUCACCAGAGAUCAGCAUGCCCACCUCCCUGCAAGGUAACAGGGAAGGGGGGGGAAUCAUUUAGGUUUUUAAAUAAUUAUGAAUUUAAUAAAUCCUAUAUACAAACACUACACACCUAUUGAAACACACUGUACAUGGAUGAAGGGGUAUACUGGGGGGACACUGUGAAGAUUUUUUGCACAGGGCACCUUGAGGCCUAAGGCCAGCCCUGUGUGCAGUCACAUCUGAAUGAAAACUUUUUUCAUGUAGGCUGUGUGAAAUCACAGCCAGGGGGAGGUAUGGCUAGGGCUACAGAAGCAAAAGUUAUUUAACUCCUAAAUGACAGAAUUGAGCAUUGAUACUGCAUGGUAAUGACCUAUACACUAAAACUGCUUCAUUAAGCUAAAAGUUCUCACAGUGUUUAGAGUAUCCUUUUAAUUCAAUCUCGUUGUGCUUUAGCAAGACUAUUAGGAGGAGUCCCAAACUCCAAGUUCUUUAGAUAGAAGUUUUCUAAUAAGGAAAAGGUAAUCCAGACGUGGACCCCUUGCUUACGGUGCCUAGAGAGAUAUUGGUUAUACCUCACUGAUGAUGCAUAACAAGGUUGAAACGAUCAUCUGGGGUUGCUGUAUGAGAGCUGGCCUGUAUUUUGGAUAUGUUCUGCAAUUUUGGGUGGAACCAAUCUGAGAUGCAUGGCCUGGUUCUCUCUGUAAUGACACAAGAUGAGCUAAAACCAGCCUGAGAACUAAACAGGGACCAACCGAAGUUCAGGCUAAUUGAGCUGUUGUCCUUUCUCAGCACUCUCUUGCAACUUGUUUUUUGUUUAUCUAAUAAGUACUCGUCCCCCGAUACCUUCUGCAUUUGAGAAUGCAAAUUGUUGGAUUGCGGAGAUCGCCCUGUGGUAUCUCAUAAACAUUCCCACUUUGAAGGUGUAAAAGAGAAGAAGAAAGGGGAGAGAGAAAGAAAAAAGCAGGGAACAGAGAACAAAAAAUGGGGGGGGUCCAUUGGUGCUAGGUAUUUUCUGCAUCUUGCGUACAUCAGUCUGUCAAGUUACUACUUAACCGAGGUUUUUCAGAUUUUUUCAUUGAUCCUCUGAUCCUUGCAGUCAAAUUGUCUAUUAGGCAGUGGGUGCAAUGGGGAUGUUCAUCUUAAGCCACGAUUGGGAUAAUAGUUAUUUUAUUAGGAAAUUGUAUUGUACCUUAGCCCUAGUUUAUGAACAUGGACCUCUUUUGUUGAAGAUUUUCCCAUAGAACCAUUAGUUUAAAGAGCAGAAGGACUUAAUCAGAUUGAUACCAACACAGCCAUUUCUGGACAACCCAUUCACUCCCAGUUACAAAUUAGCAGUGGCAACCCUGGGUCCCUUUUAAACUGUUUUGGGACUUAUUCAUAGCGUUCCCCAUCUCUGGGGUAAUUGACCAAAGUCAUUUGUUAUGAGCAAAAAGGUCCUAUGUUUAAAAUCCUAGUCAUUUAGAGAAACAGUUUAUUAUUCUUUGCUUACGGCUGCAGGCUAAUUAUUUGAUUAGCCAUUACAUUGUUCUCUCAACAAUAGUUAAAAAUUAAUAAACCAAAAUUAACCAGGUACCAUCAACCAGGUUGCCUCCCUUGAUUCAGACACCGCAGGAAACCCCUAAAAUAGCCCUUUCAAAUGGAAGAUUGCCUACUAUGCUUUGAAAAUUUUUGCAAUUCAGUGGUAAUUUGAAAAAUAAUUAAAAAACAACUUUUGUUAAGAACGUACAUUAGUAAUAUAAAUACACAAAUUAUGCGUAUACAUGCAGACAGUCAGUAGCAUAGAACAGAAUUAGAGGAUGACUGAUUUUAUGAGACAUGAUUUUAUACUAUUUACAUGGAGGGAGUAAGAAAAUAAAACGUCACACAGCCUGUUCUGUAAGGGGAGGAAAGGAGGCGGGUAGUCAGAGUGCCUAUAGAAAUAAAGGUGAACAGAAAUGGGAGGGUGUGGAUGGAACAAUGAGGACUUCAGCAGGGUUACGGCAGAACAGGGGUGGGGAGCGAUAAGGUCAAUGUGAAGAGGAUUGUACGUUGACAGAGUAAGAUUACUAGUAAGGAGCUCAAGCUGUCCCUGCGCAGACAGAGCAGGGCACACGAUUCUGAAGGAUAUACAGCCAUACAUCUUUUAAGUAAGUCUCACUUUUUAUUAAUGGACUUCCUGGGUGUUAGUGAGCCACAUCCAGUAAUGGUCCUUUCUUUGCAAAGUGCUCAGUACAAAAAGCAACUUUGUAGCUUUACAGGAGGCAACAUCAUUAUUAGAAGGGCGUAGUUUAAAAAAAAAAUUAAAAUAAAAUAAAACUACUUAAAGGACCCGGCACCCAGACCACUUCAGCUUAAUGAAGUGGUCUGGGUGCCAGGUCCCUCUAGGAUUAACCCCUUUUUUAUAUAUAUAUAUAUAUAUAUAUAUAUAUAUAUAUAUAUAUAUAUAUAUAUAUAUAUAUAUAUAUAUAUAUAUAUAUAUAUAUAUAAAUAUAAACAUAGCAGUUUCAGAGACAGCUGCUUGAGGCGUUUGUGUGCUUCUCACUGUGAAAAUCAGUGAGAAGAUGCAAGCGUCCAUAGGAAAGCAUUAUGAAUGUUUUCCUAUGAGACUGGCUGAAUGCGCGCGCAGCUCCUGCCGCGCAUGCACAUUCAGCCGAAGAGGAGGAGAGCAGGCGGAGAGGAGGAGGAGAGCUCCCUGCCCGGCGCUGGAAAAAAGGUAAGAUUUAACCCUUUCCUCACCAUCCAGCCUGGCGGGAGUGUGACCCUGAGGGUUUUCCUGGCACUAUAGUGGUCCUUUAAAAAGGUGCCCUCCAGGCAACCACCCAUUCGAUUACAGUUAGUUAUUCCGAGUGUUUUUAUUACUAAUCUUUAAUUAAAAACAUUAAUAAUAAUGAUAUUCUAUAAGUCUGCAUUUUGUGCCCCACUAUAAUUCUGAAAAUUAGGUCAUUAAAGGGAAACUAUAGUGCCAGGUCAACAAAGCUGUUUUUCCUGGCAUUAUAGCUCCUUAUAGUACCCCCUACUCCUCCGUCCCUUACCUGACACUAGGGCUAAUGUCACAUGACACUGGCUCAGACUCUGCUCCUCCCCUGCCGACAUGAGCCGGCGGGUGAGACCUAAUGGCCGCACUCGCAUUAGCAUUUCCCCAUAGGAAAUCAUGUAUAAUGCUUUUCUAUGGGGAUUCAAGUGACGCUGGUUAUCCUCAUGCAUAGCGUAAAGUCCCUCACGGAAGACCCUCUAGUGGCUGUCUGGUAGACCGCCCCUAGAGGGGUAGUUAACCCUCAAUGGUAAUUGUUGCAAUUUAUUAAAAAUUGCAGUAAUUACUAUUGCAGGGUUAAGGAACCAGGGACUAUGCACCCAGACCAUUUCAAUGAGCUAAAAAGUGGUCUGGGUGCCUAUAGUGUCCCUUUAAUGAGUGAACAUCUGAAACUACAAUUCCUUUAAAGCCUGGAUAUACCCAUAAAGCACCGCUUAAGGGAUAGGUUCAUCAAUGCUUUAUCAUUUCCUGGUUUGGUGUGACUUCACUGCAGCAGUUGUACAGGGUGGAUGUUUGUGGGACUUGUAAUUAAGUCAGGAACGGACUGAGAGCCCUUGGGGCCCCUGGGCAAAGUUAGAUCCCAGGCCCUUUGAAGGCCAAAUAUAUGUGCAUUAAAUAAAUGUUAAAUAUAACUCGCAUAUAAUACGGCAUUCCUUUGGAUGUGUAUAUUGUGAAGACCUGUGUAUCAAUGCAUGUUUGUAUUUGAGUCUGUGUGAAUGCACUUGUGCAUGUCUGGAUGACUACAUGUGCUUUUUUGUGGUCAGUCUGCCCCUGAAUUCAGUUAUCAGCUUUCUACCUAGGACAACAGUUUGCCAAGCUGUAACUGCUAGACCUUUCUAUAGCAUUAUUUAUAUUUAUUAUUAUGAUGAUUAUAAGGGGGGAAAUGUAACAAUAAAUGAGACAUUUACAAAAAGAUACAGAAACAAUCAGCACAUGAGGACCCUUCCAAAUCAGUAUACAAUCUAGAUCAGGGGUGACCAAAAGGUAGAUCGCUAGAUGGUUUAAAAUUACAGCUUCCAUGAUGCUUUGUCAUUUUACAACAUUCUAAAAAGGGAGUUAUAGUUUUACAAUAUCUGGGGAUCUGCCUUUUGGGCAGUCCUGGUCUAGAGAUUGGUGAGCUUAUCCUAUAAACCAGGGAUAGGCAGUCUUCAGCACUCCAGAUGUUGUAGACUACAUCUCCCAUCAUGCUUUGCCAGCAUUAUGACUGUAAAAGCAUUAAGGUAGAAUUAGCCCACAACAUCUGGAUUGCUGAAGGACGCCUACCCCUGCUGAGCAGUGCUUUAAGAGAACAGCAAUGGUUCCAAUGAGUUGUAGUUUAAUAUUCAGCUUUCUGCUCUUCACAAAUAACUAAAGCACCUGGAAAUUAAAAUAACGGCAUCAUGCACAGAAGUAAAAAAAAACAACAACCGAAAACAUGUGCGUUAGCCUGUAGUGCUCCGUCGGUUCCUGUAAUUCAUAUGGAAUUUGGCCUUUUCUUAGUAAAGUAAAUAAAAUCCCUAUCUUCACUCUUUGCCCUAAAUAUGAAUGAAUGGAUAGCAGACUUAAAACCAUAUAGCCACCUGGAAGCUUUAACCACUUACACUAACUGGCACAACCAGAUUUUUUUAUUUUUUUAUUAUUCUAGCCGCACUUACCUCUACCAAGCACGGUUUGAUUGUAAAAAAAAUAUUAGUAUAACAUUAAUCUGAAGCAAGAGGUGCAUAGGUAGCAUAUCAACGUAUAACAGCAGUUUCACGUAUAGAUUGCUUUGCAGACAAAUAUAAAAAUAUAUAAAAAAUGUACACUAUUUAUUUAGCACUAAUUUAUUCAUCCUUUACAAAAAUAUUUGUGAAAUGAAAAGAUUUAGACAGCACAGUGUGAAAUGUUGCAAGAUAAAAAGGACACAGUUCGGAAUAUUAGUAUAAAAGCAAAAAAAUACAAUGUGUCUCACUUAUACUAGGUGUGACAAAAACAGAUAAAUAAAAAUGGUCAAAUACUUUGCUUAUAGAUAUUAACACGGACCCCGAGGGCAUUACUAGCGGCACAACUCAUCAUGGCAACAGAAUGUAAAAAGAGUGUCUGCAUUUGAGUAGAAUGUCCAUAGAGAGUAAAUAGUUAAAUCAUAUAUUUCUAAAAUUAAAAAGGUAUUUAAAACUACUAUAGCAAUCUUGAUCAAUCUCUGGACUGCUAAUGUAAUGCAGAGUCUAACAGGCUGGUAAUCAUAAAUGAGGGCAUGUGAGGCUUUAUGGACUAGAUUUUAUACUGCAAAACCCAUGAAAAUAAAAAGGUUAAAUACUAGAUUCUGGUGUUGAAGAGGUUAAACUGUGUUAAACCCCUCUCUGCUGCUCCCACAUGAUGCGAUGGUUGGGGGCACAAGAGGACUACUUGUUCCUUCAGUGGAUCACAUAGGAAAACCAUUGCAGUAUGUUCAGUAUUGUGGAGCCAAUCUUGUCUACAAUUAGCAAUUUAGCAAUUAGCAAUUUACAGAUUUUUAAAGAUUAUGUCCACAUGCAAAACUAACCUAGCAACAACCCUUUAAAUUAGCGGUCGUGCAACAUAUGUUUAGGAGUUUAGUUUAAUCAUGCUCCUACUUAAAACUGUGCAUUGUUCUAGCAAAGUAAAUCUCUAAUAAAAAAUGUUGUUUUUUUUAAAAAAAAGUAAAUAAUGGCAUUUGAAAUACAUACAGUUGCAAGCCUGCUGCUAAAUUUCACAAGGAAUGUCAUAUGGAACCGCCAUCUUGGAGGAGACAGAUAAAGGGUUAAAAAAAUAAAAAUACCAAUCCUGUCAGUCACUUGCCUGUUUCCAGCGCCAAUGUCCCCUAUUGGGUUUUGCUUGACGCCAAAGCGUGAGGAUGUCCAGCUUCAUUUCAAGUGAAACUGCAGUAAGCGCCUCCAGUGGCUGUCUGGUAGCCACAGUUUAUCUAAAACAACAAUUUUUCAUAUUGCAGGGUUAAGGGAACAGGGACACUGUACAAAGAACACUUCAGUGAGAUGAAGGGGUCUGGGUUCCUAUAGUGUCCCUUUAAAGGUAAUUAAUUUGGAACUCUACCAGAUUAGUCAACUGAUUUUAAGGUGCUGCCCAGUAGAGUGGGAAAGUGUGCAUUCUAGAACAUGCAGGGUUAUUUAUGGGUUAUUUAAAUAGAAUUUUAACUCUAAGACCAAAUAGUCGAACUGGAAGCAUAGCUGACUUUUUUUCCAGGUCAGCUACUUUGGCCUGAGAAUUUGAAUUCCUCACAGUUUUCACUUUAGUGAAUAGAACAUGUUGAGACUUGAUUCAUGGAGUUUCUUUAACCCCUUAAGGACCAAACUGGAAUGAAAAGGGAAUCAUGACAUGUCACAUACGUCAUGUGUCCUUAAGGGGUUAAAGUAGAAUAAAAACAAAUUAACCCUUUUAGUGCCAGAGAUGCAUAACAAGCAUAAAAAGGGUUAAUGCGGUAGAGUUUCAUUAGCAAACUCCACUGCUAUCAUUAAGCAAAUAUUUACAUGCACAUUGCUUUGAAAUUAUGAUGUGGAGACUUUAAAAAAAAAAAAAAAAAAAAAAAGCUUCAUGUAGAUAAAUCAUUUUAAAAGCUGCUGAGGGUAUGUAUGUACAUGCAGAGUAGUGCCUCAUAGUAUGCAGUAUUCAUAUGCUGCAAAGAGAAAAUUAAUCCAAGUAGGUCUCUUUUGUACAAAAAACAAACUAAAAAUAAUUAAAAACAAGAUACUCACAUUUGAACUUUCUGCAUUUGUUGCAAAUCACCAUAGUUUUACAGCUUCUGCAGUGAGCUCUCACCAACACAGGAAGUAGGUUUGCUGAUUGAUGCCUUAGGCCUGCAAAAAAAGUACAGGGGCAGAGCAAUUGGGUGCCGUCUUCCAGACUUUUAAGUGAAACCAUUUGUUAACCGUAUAACCCCUUAAAAUAAGAAGGUGCCUGGAACCUCCUCACACGAUAACAACUUCAUUGCAAUGAAGUUGGUAUGGUGCCCGGAGUAGCCCUUUUAACCCCUUAAGGACCAAACUUCUGGAAUAAAAGGGAAUCAUGACAUGUCACACAUGUCAUGUGUCCUUAAGGGGUUAAGCAGUGCUAUAGGGGCACUUCAAUGGCUUCUAUGAGUUGUAGUUCAAUUAUUGGAUUUACAUACCUCCCAACAUUUCAAAAGGACAAAGAGGAACACUUCAAUGUUAGGGGUGAUAGUGGGGGUGUGGCUGUUCUGAGACAUAUGAGGUAGCUUACUAAUAAUACAUGCAACUAAAAAGUCAUUUAGAACAAGAGCAAUGUAUCUUCAUUCCACAGACUGAUUUCUAGAGAAAUUCAUUGUAGUUUAAAGACACAUUACUGGAAGUGUGAUUGCUGUGGAGUUCUGUGAUGAACUCAGACACACCAACAAUAUAGAAAAGAGGGAUUUGACCCUCAAAAUAGGGACUGUCCUUCCUAAAUAGGGACAGUUGGGAGGUAUGGAUUUUUAUUCUAUUCGUGACCAAAAAGAGAAUCACUGCUGGCUGUGAUGGAGGGGCAGCAAAGAAUAAUGAAGUAUAUUAAUCAAAAGAAAAAAAGAAUAAGCCAACAUCUUCUCACAAGUGAGGAGAGGGCUCCCUGGAUAUAUACCAACCAGAAUCUAAAGUAAUGGUGUGAUCUCUGUGGUGGAGGCAAAUGUAACAAAAACUUAAAGGAUCACUAUAGGGUCAGGAACACAAACAUGUAUUCCUGACCCUAUAGUGUUAACACCACCAUCUAGCCCCCCAUGCCUCCAUAAAUAUAGUAAAAAUCUUACUGUAUUCAAACCUGAAGCUGUAACUCUGCAUGCUGUUAGACUCAGAAAAACAAACAGUCUGCUGACAUGAUCAGAAGUGGUAGCCUGAUCCAAUCACAGUGCUUCCCAAUAGGAUUGGCUGAGACUGACAAGGAGGCAGAUCAGGGGCAGAGCCAGCAUGAUUCAAACACCGCCCUGGCCAAUCAGCAUCUUCUCAUAGAGAUGAAUUUAAUCAAUGAAUCUCUAUGAGGAAAGUUCAGUGUCUGCAUGCAGAGGGUGGAGACACUGAAUGUUUGGAUGCAUUUUAGGCAGCCAUGAUCCAGGAAGGAUCUCUAACAGCCAUCUGAGGAGUGGCCAGUGAAGUUAUCACUAGGCUGUAAUGUAAACACUGCAUUUUCUCUGAAAAGACAAUUUUACAUCAAAAAGCCUGAAGGUAAUGAUUCUACUCACCAGAACAAAUUCAAUAAGCUGUAGUUGUUCUGGUGACUAUAGUGUCCCUUUACCUUAUAAGCAAAAUGGCUAUAUACAUAAAUUCCUUAGCCUUGAAAGGCUAUUCCUUGAUUAGAUGAAACAGGUCUACCACACAGUAUACAUGACUGGCUUAAUUGUUGGUAAAAAAGUAGGUCCAGUGUAAGGUAGAUUCUGUAUGUAUAUUAGUCAGAUUUGAGCAAAUAUCAUCACAGUAUGUGUAUCAAAUUAGUAUACAAAGUAAUCAUGCCAAUAGUAUUGAUAAUACUAGCUUGUGUUACUUCUGAUGUUGUGAUGGUGAUGGCAGGAUAGUACCAAUAUAUACGGAAAGAUAUAGAUCUGUCAGGUGCUGUGCUUAAUACAGAGUCAAACGGUAUGUUAACUCAGCAUGGCUGGUCUUCGCAUAGACUGGUAAGAAGGGGAUAUAAGGAGGAAAAUUGGAGUAAGCCUCUCUCCCUUUAAAUCUGACUAGAUAGAAAAAUAGGGAGAAAAAAAAAAAAGAGGAAGAAAUGAAAUGAACAGAAACUUCAACUAUUUACAAACUAACUAUAUACAUAAACAGCUUAGCCUUAUAAGGCUAUUCCUAUACCUGAUGUAACAGGUAUACUAAACAGUGCACAUGACUGGCUUUAUUAAAAAUCGGCCAAAAUGAAUCCUGUGUAUAUUUCUAAGUCAGAUUUCUGUCUGAGAUGGAGCAAAAAAGCAUCACAUAAAAAAUUUAUCCAGUUGGUACAAAUAACAAUAAUGCCAAUAGUAUCUAUGAUACUAGAUCAUGUUGCAAUGGUAUUUGCAAAUUAGUCCAAUGAAAAAUAUAUGCGUAUAUCCAAUGCUGUGCUUAUUGCAAAAUUAAAAAGUAUGUAAGUUCAUAACCAAACUGAUUUAACUCCUAAAUGACAGAAUUGAGCAGUGAGACUGCAAGGACAUGAAUUGUACACCAAAACGGCUUCAUUAAGCUAAAGUUGUUUUGGUGACUAUAGUGUCCCUUUAAUUUUCAUUUUAAUUGAAGUCUGUUUUCUAAGACCAUCAUUUAUCCGGACAAUUAGAAGCAGUUAUGUUAAUAAAUAUAAUCGAUUAUUCUGCAUACUUGCAUAAUUGGUCUCUGCCCAAUGCUCAGAGCUAGCUCUUCUAUACUGAUUUCUGGUUUAACUUUGGAUGAAUCAUAUUGCAAUAUUAAAGGGACACUAUAGUCACCUGAACAACUUUAGCUUAAUGAAGCAGUUUGGGUGUAUAGAACAUGCCCCUGCAGCCUCACUGCUCAAUCCUCUGCCAGUUAGGAGUUAAAUCCCUUUGUUUAUGAACCCUAGUCACACCUCCCUGCAUGUGACUUGCACAGCCUUCCAUAAACACUUCCUGUAAAGAGAGCCCUAUUUAGGCUUUCUUUAUUGCAAGUUCUGUUUAAUUAAGAUUUUCUUAUCCCCUGCUAUGUUAAUAGCUUGCUAGACCCUGCAAGAGCCUCCUGUAUGUGAUUAAAGUUCAAUUUAGAGAUUGAGAUACAAUUAUUUAAGGUAAAUUACAUCUGUUUGAAAGUGAAACCAGUUUUUUUUCAUGCAGGCUCUGUCAAUCAUAGCCAGGGGAGGUGUGGCUAGGGCUGCAUAAACAGAAACAAAGUGAUUUAACUCCUAAAUGACAGUGAAUUGAGCAGUGAAAUUGCAGGGGAAUGAUCUAUACACUAAAACUGCUUUAUUUAGCUAAAGUAAUUUAGGUGACUAUAGUGUUCCUUUAAUAAACAGAUCAGCACAAACUGCUGCAGCUAUAAGCCACCCACCAAUUAAAAUGUAUGAUCAGUAAAAAUGAUGUUUUCUUUUUACCUUACACAUAUUUGCAAAGAAGUCACUUCCCAUGUUAAACCUCCUAUAACGGGUUCUCUCGAAGCUUUAUAUAGAGAGAGCUUGUUUUCUAAUGUUAGCUCACAAAAUAAACAACAAAUGGAGCUGUUACAGGGCAUUUCUGGAAUAAAAUGCUGCCAUGUGUAGUGGAGAGGUUUGUGGGAUGUGCAUAUAACGAGAUCACCAGGAUUGGCUGAAAGCUUUCAGCCACUUCCAGGUUUGGAAAGAAAAUUGUAGAUGACUCAAAUCAUGAAAAGGUGGGCAUUUAAAAAAAUAUUUAUAAAAAAGAUAGCUGGCAACUUGCUAAAUUAUGAUGACACAAAUUGAUACAAAUAUCCAAUGUGCAUCAAGAAAAAUGCAGUUUAAGUUUUAUUUAUUAGUUUAUUUUUUUUAAUCUCUCUCAAACUGGGCUCAGUAUUCCAGUGCAGAAUUUGAGUGAAAUUUGUUUUUUAAUUCCUUCUAUGACUUCCCCUGUGAAACCACCACCCUGAAAUGGGAAGUAGAAUUUCUAUUUCUGAACACAUUCGCCCACUCGUUGAUUUCUUUGAAAUCAUGCAGAAUGUAAUCAAAGUAAAGAAACAUUGCCUCUAACCAUUGUUCUGAUUUUUAAAAAAAAUAAAAUUAAUACGUCUGUUUUGUAAGGUCACAGAUUAGCCGCAGUGCCGUAGGAAGCAUAGUGUUUGCAAAAAUAUUCAAAUAGUUUAUUGUUCAUGUGAUGCUUGCAGUUGGCACGGAAAGUAUAUUAAAAGGUUUGUGGCAUCUGCCACACCUAUUAACAUGAACAGCUGCCAAGCAAACGUAGGCAAAACAGACCUUGUCAAAACUAAACUGGCAGGAAUUAGGCUACUGACCACAAUGGUAUUAUUUUUAUUUUAGUAGAUAACAUAUCUAAUAGCUAAUCAUGUGUUUCACAAUCUGCUGCUGGCUUGUUUAAGCAUUUAAAAUUCAUGUUUUUCAAUUUUUUUUUUUAUGUCCUCAUUAGGGAGGCUUUACAUAGAUAUUGUAUCCGCAUAUUCAUACCCGUGGCUACUUACAAAUAUUGUUGUCUAAAUUGCAUGAUUGUCAGUGCUGAACUGAUCCCUGUAAGGGUGCAUUAAAGAACCACUCCACACCCAUUGAGCAGUAUUGCUUGUUGAAUUGCUAAAUGGCUAUGGAGUACCCCUUUAAAAGACCCGUUUAUAAAAAUGCUUUACUUAAUUGUGAAAUUAGCACUUUUAUCAAAUUUAAAAUAGAAACACUUCCUCGGCUGUCAAACAGCUGGGGAGAUUCACGUCCUACUUCCGUUAGCUCCACUGACGUAACAGGUGUCUUCUGUGAGAGCAUGUCUGCCUUCCAAAAUAGCCCGCAAAGAAUUCUGUUCUUUUAUAAAUUAGGGAGCGCAAUUGUCGGUCAUAUUGAAAUAUUCAUUUGCUUUAUUUCUUUGGUGGUUUAGAGUUCGAUUAAAAUGUCAUGUUUGGCAAAUACAAUUAAACUUGUUUUGGUCAGCCAGCAGAGUUCAGAAAAACUGUGUUACACGCGGCUCUCAAAUCAAAAGGCAUGCGCUACCUACUGAGACUUAAGAAGCACGCUCACAGACAUGAACCAAAAUGUGAUCGUGCUUGAAAAAUAAGCGCUUGCACUGAUUUGAAUAGAUUCUUACUCUUUAGAAUAUUAGCGCAACUUGGAAAAAACAAACCAACUUGCAAGCACACAGUGACUUGCGCAACUGUGCACAGGGACUAAACAGAAGCAGAGGCUUCUCAUUUAGAAGGGUCUGAUUGGAUAGUUCUCCGAGAAGAGACUGAAAGUCAUUUACAGUGAAAAAAGGGUAGGGUUUUUAAAGACUGCAGUCAUAAGAACUACAAUUUUAGCAAGCUCUUUUUUUUUUAAUCAAAUACCCCUAAUUAAUACAUGCAUUAAAUGUGAAAGCAUGUAUUCAUUUGUGGUAUAUCUACAAAACUGUUGAGUGGUACUUUAAUUGCAUUAGUGAGUGACUGAUAAAAUGCACCAGACGUUGUGUGUAGUGCAACUAUGCCCUGAAAAGUUAGGUACUUGGGUGAAAUUCACCCUCUGCAUCUACCAUAGCUCAUCACUGGCAGUGAUCGAAGCAGUAGCAUAGAUGUCUAAACGGUAAAAGUAAACUGUGGAACAGGAUAACAGCAGUAAAGACAGAAAAUUUAUAAAAAAAUGGCUAGAAUGUACAUAAGGCUCUUUAUCGAAACAAAAUAAAAAUCAUCUAAUCAGUCACAUUUCAUAAUUGUCAGAACAGAUGGGGCCACGAUUUCUCAUUUGUUAAUGCAAUCUGUUUCCAAAAUAAUAACGCAAAGACUCACAGCAUAAUAUCUUUUAUUAUCACAGUUAUUUUCAUAUAUUUUAUUAUGAAAGUAUUUGUGAUUUUUUUUUUUUUUUUUUUAGAUUAACGUCAAUAUCAAUCCAGAAUAAAACUGGUAAUACAACAUGAUAUAAUAAUAAGCAGAUUUAUAUACAAUUAUUACUUUAUUAAGGGAAAGUUUAUCCAGAUAAUACAUAGAAGAGAGAUAAUCUGCUGGUGUUAUCUGCCCGGUCUCCCCCCCGUCAGUGAACACAUUUAUUGUAGUUUAAAGACACAUUACUGUAUUAUUGCUGUGGAGCUCUGUUAUACACUCAGAGCUCCAACAAUAUGGAGCUACUGGGAAAGAGAGACAUUAGGAAAUAAAAGAGAGGGACAGAGGGGUUUUGACUCCAAAUAGGGACUGUCCUUCCUAAAUAGGGACACUUGGCAGGUAUGCCUUACGUGUUACAAGGGAUAUUCUUUAGAGCAUUGUUUCCUGACCUUGGCGCUGCAGGUGUUUGUGAACAAUAUUUCCCAAAGACACUAAGACCACCUCAAACGUCCACUGCUCAAUGGCCAACAGCAGAGGGCAGCAGCAACCACAAGUUGUAUUCAAUUCUCAGGCACAAAGAAGAGGACCCAAAAAGAUCUGUCAAGCAAGUUGUCCGUGAAGGUGGUUACCAUGGAACACACAGUUCGAGCUGCCAAUGAACGAGCAAAUUAUUGACAAUAGUGAAUGUUUCCAGAGCACCUGUCUAAAUUGGAUACAUGAUGGUCAAGGAAUGUUAAAGGACCACUACAGUGCCUGGAAAGCAUACUCGUUUUCCUGGCACUAUAGUGCCCUGAGGGUGCCCCCACCCUCAGGGUCCCACUCCCGAGGCGCUGAGGGGGGAGGAAGGAGUUAAUCCCUUACUGUUUUUCUAGCGCCGGGCUCCCUCGGCGCUGGGACUCUCCUCCCUCUUCUUCCGUCAUUGGCUGAAUUCGUGCCAGUCUCAUAGGAAAGCAUUAUCAAUGCUUUCCUAUGGAUGCUGGCGUCUUCUCACUGUAAAAAUCACAGUGAGAAGCGGCUGUCAAUGAGACAGCCACUAGAGGGUGGAUUAACCCAUAGGUAAACAUAGCAGUUUCUCUGAAACUGCUAUGUUUACUGCAAAAAGGGUUACACCUUGCUGGACCUGGCACCCAGACCACUUCAUUAAGCUGAAGUGGUCUGGGUGCCUAUAGUGGUCCUUUAAAGUAGAGGAAUUAAACAUAAGUAACUAGGUGACGUCAUGGUGUCUUAAUAGUAGGUAUUACUGUAUGUCUCGCUGGCUUGCUGUAAUGAAUGAUGUUCCAGUUUCAAACACACCUCCAGGAUGUGAGCAACAUUUGUGAACAAGUGAUAGUUAGAUCUAUACAUUACAAAUCUGAUGUAAUGACAGCAUUGAGAAAAAAAAAUCAACAAUGUAAAUAGAAAACGCAGGUUAGACCCUACACACAAGGAGGAACAGAACAGUAUGUGCUGGCGAAAUUACAAAAGUGUGUAAAUACAGCGUUACAGAAACUUCCUGAGAACUGUAUAGGAGAUAUGUUUAAAGGGAUAGUUAAGCCUCACAACAGAUACUUCACAUCUUAUGUCCAGAAACUCAGAUCCACUUAAAAUGCAGCUCAGUAAGUUUUCUUAGGUUUCCACAGCUAUUUCAUAUCUUCAAAUCAAUAUUCCUAAGAAAUGAAAUAAUGAAAUAUUUAAAGAGAGUGUUCUCUCAACAUUUCUUUGUUUCCACAACAUGUUGGAAAUUUACUACAAACUUUGAAACCUCUUCUUGUCUUCUCCAAAGUAAUCAGUCUUGGCAUUAUUCCCAGGUGGACUUAAGAAAUAUCCAUAUGGCAAUGGAGCAAUGUACAUUGCAGCUUCCCAUCGGUGACUGCCAUAAUAUUCCUUGGCCAUGUACAUUUACUUGUUGAAGAAAUAUUCACGUUUCACGGUAGCCACGUCUGUCUGACUAAACAAAAGUGAUUUAACUCCUAAAUGCAGAGAAUUGAGCAGUGAAACUGCAGGUGCAUGAUCUACGCACCAAAACGACUUUAUUAAGCUAACGUUGUUUUAGUGCCUAUAAUAUCCCUUUAACACAGGAUCCUGCCAUGAAUGCUAGGUAUCUAUGCUGUGUCCUGGUUAGUGGCGGAACUAAAGUAUAGUGGACCCUGAAUUUUUUAUGGGCCCCCCUAUUGCACUGAUGGAAAAAAAGAUAUCUCCCUGUUUAUCGUACAACUCCCAUAAUGCUUUGCCAGCUGUGGCUCUACCAUCUACCUGUCAGGAUUACUAGUUGAUCCAGCACGUAAAACUGUAUAACACCUAGGACUAAAAGGUAACGUCUUACCGGGCAUUAGAGUUGCCAGUCUUAACGUACCAAAGAAUAGUCAGAAUACUUGCCGAGGUCGGGAACACAGAAAGAGACACAAUGAUGAGGGAAAGCCAAAAGUCAGGGAUACCAGAAUACAGAUUUGUCAAACGAAGCCAAAGUCAAAACGAGAAAUAAAUGCUCAGGAACACACUCUCAGAUAACCACUAAGGGAAACCACGACAGGGCAAAGAGCUGAAGGACAGGUAAGCUUAAAGGGACACUAUAGUCACCUGAACAACUUUAGCUUAAUGAAGCAGUUUUGGUGUAUAGAACAUGCCCCUGCAGCCUCACUGCUCAAUCCUCUGCCAUUUAGGAGUUAAAUCCCUUUGUUUAUGAACCCUAGUCACACCUCCCUGCAUGUGACUUGCACGGCCUUCCAUAAACACUUCCUGUAAAGAGAGCCCUAUUUAGGCUUUCUUUAUUGCAAGUUCUGUUUAAUUAAGAUUUUCUUAUCCCCUGCUAUGUUAAUAGUUGCUAGACCCUGCAAGAGCCUCCUGUAUGUGAUUAAAGUUCAAUUUAGAGAUUGAGAUACAAUUACAUCUGUUUGAAAGUGAAACCAGUUUUUUUUUUUCAAUGCAGGCUCUGUCAAUCAUAGCCAGGGGAGGUGUGGCUAGGGCUGCAUAAACAGAAACAAAGUGAUUUAACUCCUAAAUGACAGUGAAUUGAGCAGUGAAAUUGCAGGGGAAUGAUCUAUACACUAAAACUGCUUUAUUUAGCUAAAGUAAUUUAGGUGACUAUAGUGUUCCUUUCAAUAACACUCUUGUGGAUCCGAUUGGCCAUAACCAGCCUUUGACCCCAGAAUGUGCGUGUGCGUCCUUUACGUGACGUCACGCGCACGUCGACAUUACCGUGGGCUGACGUGGGGUUAUAAUUAGGAAUUGGUCCACAGCGGCUGGCGUCCUUCAAUAUGCUGCAGAAGGGCAUUUGUCACUGCAGGCACCACAAGGUGAGGCUGAACAUGUGACACUACCCAUCUUUGCAGGGUUGUGUUUAGCGCUGAGCAGUAUUUGUAUGUUUGAAUGUAAGCAUGGUUUUGUAUGGAGUAUGUGUGCGUGGCUGUCGAGGUUUAUUUUUGUGUAGUGUUGUGUCGUAUGUUUUUAUGUACUGUUGCCAUAUGAAGGCAGUGGUUUACUUGUGUGUAGAGUUUGCCUUUAAAUGUGGUGGUGUUUCUGUAGUGUUGAUGUUUGAAUGUAGAAGUUUAUUUUUGUACAGUAUUAGAGGUUGAAUUCUGAGAUGUAUGCACAUAUACGUAUACACUGCCACACACACUGAUACACAUACAUACACACACAUAUAUACACACACUGACACAUAUAGAUACACAAACACACGUACAGACACACAGAUACUGUAGUGGACCCCCUUGGUAACCGACCAGUUACCUCCGCUAAUUCCCUUCCUUCAGCCGUUCAUAGAAACAUAGAAUGUGACGGCAGAUAAGAACCAUUCGGCCCAUCUAGUCUGCCCAAUUUUCUAAAUACUUUCAUUAGUCCCUAGCCUUAUCUUAUAGUUAGGAUAGCCUUAUGCCUAUCCCACGCAUGCUUAAACUCCUUUACUGUGUUAACCUCUACCACUUCAGCUGGAAGGCUAUUCCAUGCAUCCACUACCCUCUCAGUAAAGUAAUACUUCCUGAUAUUAUUUUUAAACCUUUGUCCCUCUAAUUUAAGACUAUGUCCUCUUGUUGUGGUAGUUUUUCUUCUUUUAAAUAUAGUCUCCUCCUUUACUGUGUUGAUUCCCUUUAUGUAUUUAAAUGUUUCUAUCAUAUCCCCCCUGUCUCGUCUUUCCUCCAAGCUAUACAUGUUAAGAUCCUUUAACCUUUCCUGGUAAGUUUUAUCCCGCAAUCCAUGAACCAGUUUAGUAGCCCUUCUCUGAACCCUCUCUAAGGUAUCAAUAUCCUUCUGAAGAUACGGUCUCCAGUACUGUGUACAAUACUCCAAGUGAGGUCUCACCAGUGUUCUGUACAAUGGCAUGAGCACUUCCCUCUUUCUACUGCUAAUACCUCUCCCUAUACAACCAAGCAUUCUGCUAGCAUUUCCUGCUGCUCUAUUACAUUGUCUGCCUACCUUUAAGUCAUCAGAAAUAAUCAACCCUAAAUCCCUUUCCUCAUAUGUUGAGGUUAGGACUCUAUCAAAUAUUCUGUACUCUGCCCUUGGGUUUUUACGUCCAAGAUGCAUUAUCUUGCACUUAUCCACAUUAAAUGUCAGUUGCCACAAUUCUGACCAUUUUUCUAGUUUACCUAAAUCAUUUGUCAUUUGGCUUAUCCCUCCUGGAACAUCAACCCUGUUACAUAUCUUAGUAUCAUCAGCAAAAAGACAUACCUUACCAUCAAGACCUUCUGCAAUAUCACUAAUAAAAAAAACCCCAAAAAACCCCAAUAAAACAAAAAAAACAAACAAAUUUUCUCCCCCUUCCUGUUAUUACCUUGCAGGGGGAGACGGAGCACGCAGAUCCCUGGUGGUCCAGUGAAAGGGGGUACACCGCAAGAAAAUCCCUGAUGGUCCAGCCGGCAGGUUAUUUAGUCUGUACCUCUGCUGGGUACAGACCAUGUCUCUGCCUCUCGCGAGCGACGUUUUUUUGCCGCGGGUUACGCAAGAUAAAUACAGCCCUGCCAGCACCGUGCAUCACAGUGUGCAGGGGGUCUGGUCUCGCUGUUAAAGUGCUGCGGCACCUGACCAGGCCCCUGAUUAAAGAUGGUCAUCGGGUAGUCCUAAAUAUAUUGGCCAUUCAAUGGGCUCCCUGAGCUUUUCGGGCCCCAGUGCAGCUGCACUGGCUGCACUAGAGGUAGUUCCACCACUGGUCUUGGUGUCCUGGGCCUUAGUAGGCACGUUGGUUUACUUUAAAGCUAAUUCAGCUGUGGUUUUAUUUAUUUAAUGUUUUUUUAUUUUGUUAAAGGAUCACUAUAGUGUCAGGAAAACAAAGCGGUUUUCCUGACACUAUAAUGAACUGAGGGUGCCCCCACCCUCAGGGUCCACCUCCCGUGGUGCUGAAGGGGUUCCCUCGGCGCUGGUGACCUCUCCUUCCCCGCCGACGUCAGCAGAGCCAAAUGCGCAUGCGUGGCAAGUGCCGGGCGCGCAUUCAAAGUGUCCAUAGGAAAGCAUUUCUCAGUUCUUUCCUAUGGACCCUCUGCGCGAUGGAGGCAUAAUAUGCCUCCAGCGUCGCAGAUGCGCCUCUAGUGGAUGUCCGGAUGACAGCCACUAGAGGCUGGAUUAACCCCAAAUGUAAACAUAGUUUCUCUGAAACUGUUAUGUUUGCAUCUGAAGGGUUAAAACUAGAGGGACCUGGCACCCAGACCACUUCAUUGAGCUGAAGUGGUCUGGGUGACUAUAGUGUCCCUUUAACCUCUUAAGGACACAUGACAUGUGUGACAUGUCAUGAUUCCCUUUUAUUCCAGAAGUUUGGUCCUUAAGGGGUUAACCAUGUAUUCUCCUCUAUUUAAAUAAAGCAGAGUUUAGACCUUGUGUUUUUUAGUUAUCAUGACUCAUGAUAAAAGCUUUGCCAAAUCUCCUGUCCUCAAUGUAAUUAUUAUUGGUGUUGUUGCCCUUUCUGUUAUAAUUCUGGAAAACUUGUCUGCCAAUGUCCUAUGUUCUACUGGCGGUAGUAGCUUUUUAACUAAAUCCGUUUUGACUAGUUGUGAUGAUUAAAUACAUAUUAACUGUACAGAAUAUUAAAAUGAUCAACUAUAUACUGUAGACUAUCAGCCAAGAGCAAAAGUAAAAUAAUUAUAGAACGUUAGCCUAACCUGACUAGAUAGCUGCAUUCUAUUCUCUUGUUACCAAAGUAGGGCCGUGCAAAGUUCAGUUGGAAGUAAAAGGCGUCAUGUUGCCCUGUCCAAAGAGAACUCUUUAACCUUACAAUAUGGCCAAACGUCCAAAUAGGGCAAAGAUGAAUCUCUCACUGCCUCCAGUUUUAUCUAUUAACAAUUAAACUAUCUCUUCACCCAGCAAUUUGAUCUAGGCUUCAGAAUCAGUUUAUAUUAGACUAUAUAAAUCGCGCUUUAAGAUAAUAUCUUCAUAAUCCUUCAACUACCAUGAAAGCGUGCUACAUGUGAGGUCCAUCUCCAUCCAACUACCUGUACAUAUCAUACAGAAUAAACACAAGCAAGAUAACUGAUGAAAGGAGGCAACACACCUACGGUCUAAAGAGGUUCUAACUUAAGGUUUGCCAGAAUAAAGAUACAAUUUUUGGUUUAUAUAAAAUAUUUGGAAAGAAUAAACCCGUAACUUGCAGAGUCAGAACCAUCCUACAUCUCUUCUAAGCUUUGAGCCUCUCCUUCAGCAAAUAGGUUUGGCUUAUCAAUAAAUUACUUUUUUUAUUAUUUUUUUAUCUUUGAUCUUUCAGCAUUGAUUCCUUUGUUUGUAAAAUGUUUAAUUGAGGUAUAGAUCAUGUCUAAGCAGGAGUUCAAUCAAUUCUUUUGAAUGCAAUAUACGUUUAGGAAUAAGGAUUAAAUAUUUUGGUAAUUAUUUCGAGGGUCUAAAUUAAAGAAAAUUAUUUGAAUGUCACAGUCGGAUCUAAAAAUUGUGGUGGUAUAUGUCUGUAGUAGAGAGAGGGGUUGUAGGAAUGUAUACUUCGGUAAAUAUUAAAGGGACACUAUAGUCACCCAGACCACUUCAGCUCAAUGAAUCGGUCUGGGUGCCAGGUCCCUUAGGUUUUAACUCUUCACAUGUAGAAAUAGCAGUUUCAGAGAAACUGCUAUGUUUACAUAGCAGGGUUAAUCCAACCUCUAGUGGCUGUCUUCCUGACAGCCGCUAGAGGUGCUUCUGUGACGCUGGAUGCAAAAUUGAGAAAUGCUUUCCUAUUGACUGUUAGAAUGUGCGCGUGGCUCUUGCCGCGCAUGCGCAUUCCGCUCCACUCGGGAGCUGAUGUCGGCGGGGGAGGAGAGGUCACCAGCGCCGAGGGAGCCCAGCGCUGGAUUAAGGUAAGUGGCUGAAGGGGUUUUAACCCUUUCAGCCCAGGGGGAAGGGGACCCUGAGGGUGAGGGUCCCACAAGGAUUAUAUAGUGUCAGGAAAACGAGUUUGUUUUCUUGACACUAUAGUGAUCCUUUAAAUAUUUGUGGUUCUGAUUUUCAGGGAGUAAAUUAGACAUAACAAUCUGAGUGUGCUAAGUUCUCUGUGGUUUUUCAGGUUCUGUCAAUUAGCAGGGGACAUGAAGUUUUGCAGGGAUGAACAUCAUUCAGUCACACCAAGGCUGUCAACUUUGUAACAGUGAUACGUUAGUCACUUGACGUGUUAGAGGGAGUGUGUCCAGGCACUGCUCGUUCUGAUCCAAGCGUAGAUUUGUUUUAAAAAUUAUUUACUCUUGUUCUCAAUUUUUGUUUUUAUUCCAGGAGAAUCCGUGUGUGUGUGUAUAUUUCUGAAGCUGGGAGAGAUAAUGUUUGUUAUUGGAUUGGCUGAUAUUAAAAUCUCUUACAACCACCUCAGCUGUUAGGGCUGUCUGUGAAACAAUUGGAGCAUGACAAGGAAAGAGUGACAGACCCAGCAGGACGGUGACACAAGUACGGAAUCUUCACGAUGGCAGAUUUCAUAGCUGGAGCGCUUGGCGGUAUGGAUUCAUGUCUACGAUUAGAAUGAAUUAACCCUUUCCUAUCCCAUUAUUAUCAUAUACAUCACAGUUUUGAAGCAAUAAUAUGAAUGCAAUAACUGCUUUUUAAAAUGAUCCUUAAUUUAGGGACUUUUUUUUUUAUUAUCCAAUUAUUUAGGGACUGUGAAUGUGUAGAUCUCUUGCUAUUCUUAAAAUGUAAUUUGUCUGAUUCACAGUGAGAUAUAUUGAACCCAUCCAUUAAUUAUAUCAUAUAAAAACAGCCAGUAUGUACAGCAUAUGUGAAGAAGUGUGCGAUUUGAAUAUGGAGUUUAGAAAGAUCACAUAGCCACCAUUUGCUUAUAGCUAUGGUAUUACAUAGUACAGAUGACAAUUAAUUUAAUAUGUUUUUGGAAGAUUUUGUAAUGUGAUCAGGUCUGCCCACCUUCCAGUGGUAACAUAGGGGCCCAGUUGACCAAAAAUGUAUGCCCAUCUAUACUAAUUUCGCAGUCUUCCAUUAGUCCGUCUGUUUUUAAUUUCCUUUUUCUACCCCGUUGGGCCCACUUUCCCAGCACCUGAAGGUUAUUCCUAUAGGGAGCCAUUGCAAUUAAGACUUUUAAAAAGUUGAUUGAGUCUUUUAAAGCAUUUUUAAAUAACUGAAUAUCUACAUACGAAGAAGAUAGGAACUCUUUGGCAUAAUUUGUCUUUCUUUUUAGAUACUUUAGUAUUCUCAUAUUAUUGUGAAUUAAUGGGAAGAUACCCCAUUUCCUUCUAUAUUUAAUGGUCUUACAUGAGGGAGUUGCUCUGUUUUAUAUGCCGGAAGCAUCAGCACCGCAGUAGAGUUGUGACUUGUUUUGUGGCUCUGUAGAUGGAGGAAGAGGAGGAUUGGGUACCAUUUCGAUGCUGUCCUUGGAUAUAAGGGGUGGGCACUGUAUUUAAAACUGGAGUAUUGAGAGCUUCGAGAUUUAGUUGAACUAUCUCCUUUUUAAUGCAUCAUGAUGACAAAGCUUGAAAAACACAACUUAAAAUAUUGAAAAAUAAAAAUUCUUCAGAAUUUCUCUCUAAAUCUAUAGCAUCUCCAGGGAAGAGAAAGUGGGUAAGUAUUCUCCAGCAGUCCAAACCGUCCUUAUUUGUUUGCAAUAGGAGCAUGGACUGUAUCCAAUAAACCUCUGUACUGCAGAGAUUUGGGAAAUAUAACUCUCACCAGUCGCACAUUACUUCAUUCAUGAAAAUACUUGAAUGAAACUAAUAUGUAAGCUCAUAGCUCUAAUAACUUGUUUAUAAUCUCCUAUGUUUUUAAUAAAUAAUAAUAAUUAAGUUAUUAUAAUCACUGCAAUUAUAAUAAAUGGCAUUUAUGGAUACGGGCUUAGAGUGUUCUUUUAAUAUAAGGUAUCUGGAUGUACUUAUUGGUAUUAGCCAAUAUUCUCCUUACACAGAGUUAAAAUGGAGAGGGAGGGGUGGGGUGGGGGUUAUGGGUGUUUUUACAUCUUCCCUCUCAUGUGAAUGAGGGAGUAUUGAAUUUGUGUCUCUCCAGGUAUUUGAAGGCAUUUGUUAAAUCCCCUGACCUUGGUGCUAAUCUCAAAGGUUGUUGUGGAAAAUCAGUCAUACAAAGAAGACAAUACAUGCAACCUUAUCCGUGGCUGUAACUACAAAAGCUGCAUUUUUGUUUAACUAUGUAAUUAAUCAAUAUUUAAAAGCACACCCCCAAGCGCCAUAUCCUCUACAGCACUUUGUAGUGGUUACGACGCCAGACGUGCCUUAAUGUCCUCACAUUAUAAGUAUAGAUGUCGCGAACCGUCCUCGAACUUCUCGCGAACGGUUCGCCGCGGUUCACCGCGAGCUGUUCGCGGCGAACUUCGGUCAGCUGACACGUCCCGGCCAAUCUCCAGCAGACCCUCCCUCCCAGACCCUUCUACUUCCUGGACAGCAUCCAUGUUUCAGCUGUUCGCGGCGAACUCCGGUCAGCUGACACGUCCCGGCCAAUCUCCAGCAGACCCUCCCUCCCAGACCCUUCUACUUCCUGGACAGCAUCCAUGUUUCAGCUGUUCGCGGCGAACUCCGGUCAGCUGACACGUCCCGGCCAAUCUCCAGCAGACCCUCCCUCCCAGACCCUCCUAAUUCCUGGACAGCAUCCAUGUUUCAACUGACCGGAGUUUGCCGCGAACAGCUCGUGGCGAACCGUUCGCGAGAAGUUCGCGGAUGGUUCGCGACAUCUCUAAUUAUAAGAAGUCAGACUGCUUUAGAAUGUUUUAAAUUGUUACCCGGGGUCUACGAGGUGCCACUAAUGGAAAAAUUAGGAAAAAAUAGCCAAGGUGUAAACAAAAAUCUCCAAUACCAAAUAGUGUUACCAAAGCACCACAAAUCAUAAAUGCAAACUAUGGUUGUAUUAUCUUGUUGUUGCACAAACUUAUUAUGCUAAAGUCCACUCUGUGCUCAGCCUGGGAAGUUUAUUAGCACAACCCAGUCACUUCUGCCAAGAUUAGCUGAAACAAGCAUGGUGUCACAGGUGUUUUUUGUCUAUAGUUAGUUCCUCUGAGCAUACCUCACCAGUGACAUUCAACCACUAUGAUAAGACUCUUAUUGAUUAUACAAUAUUGCGUAAACCAUUUGUUCAAACAGGUGACUUUCUGUAUGCAACCUGUUCCUAAAUCUAAACCACUGUUCUGAUUUUAUUGUUAUUCCGGCAGUAAAAUUUGAAAUGUUACCAUUAUUUGCUAGCUUUAAAGGGGGACUAUAAGCACCAUACCCAAUAUAACAUAUAGCAGUGGUUAUGCUGAUGAGCGACUCUGGGUUUGUCACCAAGGUUGAUCAGAUUUGUACAGAUAAUGUGGAGCUAUUAUAUCCUCAUUAAGUCUUGCUGCGGAGUGUAUGGGCUAUUGGUGAUAUUGUGUAGCCACUCUAAAACAGUACACAAGGGAAAAGACACCCUUGUAUUCAUAGCAACGUGACCACUGAAAAGAAGUGUUGUGGUACUGGUGUUCAGAACACUUCUGUGCGGCUGGGAUAGCAUCAUGGGAUUUGCAGUUAGACCAGAUGAUGUCAUCAUCUACAUUUUGACCACCUCUAAAGAGUUAUGUAGUUGACAAUUUUUAAAAAUUAUUAGAUGGACUACAAUCCCAGAAUUCCUUACAAGCCUUAACAAAACCAAGCUGUGUAUCUAUGAUAAAUUGAAUAACACAGCACAUACUACGUAUCACUCCUUAGUACAUUUUGCUAAAUAGGUAAUGGGUAUCAUGAAGGUUACCAUUUGUGUACAGAGUGAAACAAUCCUCAUUUGUCAAGCACUCCCAAAACUCAUACCUUCUUUAAAAAAAAAACAAAAAAAAAACACAAACCACCAGGAGCAAUGAAUGGAACACAGAAUAUUGGAGGUAUAGGUUAUGUAACCGUUGGAAGUAAAUGAUACAAUAAGGAUAAAAAACAUAGGUAGACACAAUAAGGAAGAUUUAUCAAAGUAUUGACAAGACUUUUGUGUCUUAUUUUUGUGAUUUUUUUUUUUUUUUUAAUUGCUAAAUCUUUCAUUUGUUCUUUUUUAAAAAAACAUUUUUUUUUUUUAAUCUUUUACUUCCUUUGUACGGAGUUAUAAAUCUUUCCGCCUCUUUUUCGGACAGAAAUUUAAUUUGUGUGAAAAGUAGCAAAAUAUUAAAUGAAAAAACAAACAAAUUAAAAAAAUAUCACUUUCUAGAUCACUUUUUUUAGAACUCUUUAAUAAAUAUCCCGCACAAAUAUUUGAGGAAAGAGACCGUUUGAUAUUGCUGAAAAUUACGUGAGCCAGCUACUCAAUCAGGUAGAUGUGCGAUGUAAGUGUAGCAGUUGUACUAACACAUUGGUACAUUACACAGCUGUACAAUCAGUAUUUUCUGAAUUAUGUGUACAUACUAAAAAUACAACAGACACACAGACUUCUGCAACAUCGGAGUUUAACCUUGCACCCCUAGAUUUCGAAAUGCCCUUUGACUUUACCGUUUAAAACCAGCAGAUCUGUCCGGUGUGUCAACAAAAAUAUUUAGCACAUUAUAUCAGUAGCAGUGGGCGAAACUCCAGGCUCGAAAAGCUGCUUUUACUAAGCUGUUUGUGUAUGCUUGACAUCACUGUGACAUAAAUACGUAACAACAUAGAGAAACACUUCCAAGGUCAUUACAAAUCAGUGUGUAGCAUUUGCUGUGUGACUAUUAAAUUAAUUGACACCGGAUGAAUUAAGAGAACUAAGUCAUUAGAGUAGUUUAGGGAAUGACUAAAGACAUACAGAUAAAUAAUGAAGAGAGGAGCAGCUGGACAAAAUAGGAACUCUAUGAACUCUUGCAAAAAUUCUUAGCACUUUCCUUCUCCUUGCGGUGGUGUUGGGUGGUGUUUUAAAGGUUUCUUGGAAGCCGAGAGUAUAAUUAGUUCAGUUUUCGAAAGGUGAUAUUUCAGACAGCACUAGGACACCCAAGAGGAGAUGGCAGAGAGUCUGUGAUAAGGGGAAAUAUCAAAAAAGGAGAGUUUAGUUUGUGUGACGUUAUAUGACUGGCAGGGAAAGGGGUAUAGAUUUCAAGGAGCAGAGUGACCCAAAGAUUAACCCAUGUAGGACACCAAUGAAGAGUAUAAGAGAAGACACCAUAACUUGGAGACCCAUAGGUGGCAGAAUGUAUACGAAGUAGUAAGUCAUCAUCAACAAGAGUCGAAGGCAACAGAAAGGUCUAUAAUAGUUAGAAGAGAAGGUUCCUUAAAUUUGGCAAAGACCAAUCCAUGAGUCUAGAUGUUCCACAACCUUCCACGUACAUGCGUAGUGCCUCCUUACCGAGCCUCCUUACCUGAGGUCUGUUCAUAAAGAUUAUAGAAACCCAACAUCAAUUUAAACACUAAGAUACCCGUAAUCAUCAUAUCUUCAUGUAUAUUCUUCCUAUUCUGCUGGGUGUUUUUGAAAGGUGUGUUCUUUUUUUUUUUCCAUUUUAGGUGCCUGUGGGGUUAUGGUGGGAUAUCCCCUUGACACAGUAAAGGUAAAUUGCAUUUCAUUGCCAAUUUUUUGUCUUUUUGACCUCCUGACAUAUUGAGAGGCUGUGUUGAUAUUGAAUUCACAGUGACACAAUAGGAGAAACAAAGAAUAUAUAUAAUAUAUAUACAUAAUUUGUUUAUUAGUUGUUGCUUGCCUGUGUACAAAACUGAUCAAUAGCAGUAAUACAGGUGUGUUAAAGGCUCAAUGUGAUGGACUUGAACCUGUAUCUCACUAUGUAACUAUGUAACAUCAUUAACAAAUUGAAAAUACAAUAUAUUAAUAAAGCAUUUAAUCACAAAUCACGUGGAAUGCAUAUGGAUGCAUAUUGGAAAACAUAAUAUUCAAGGAUAUAAUUUUUUAAUUAGUGGGGUAAUAAUUCGUGAUCCCAGGAAUAAAUCUGACUGCCAUUCUGGGGUGUAAAUUGAUUUUUUCCCCCCCUAGUUUGUUGCAAAAUUGGAAAUGUUUCAAACUUGUUUUUUUGCCUUCUUUUGGGCCAACAGCAAAACCAGAUGUGAGAAAGGCUGAACGUAAUGAACGAAUGUCUCUUUUCAGCCUAUGUAACUAUUUUUAUGUUAAUUUUUUUGCAAUGUAACUAUCUUUCGUAAUCAAAUGCAGGUUUUUUUUUUAUAUAGUACACAAUGUGAGAAUUAAAUAUAAAUUAUAGCAUAAGUAAAUUUUAUCUGUAUGAACAAUUAGUAGCAUCUGUGCCCCUUUUCCAAUAUUUAAAGACCAUGCUCAGAUAUCUAUACAAGGGCAGAGUGAAAAGGGGACCAGUGAUUGGAUUUAUUCACUAAACAGUGACUUGUAGGAUGGGUAAAACUGAAUUUGCAAUAUUAACACCAACAAAUGUCUUGAUUCUCUACUUUGUUAUUUUGGUUUAAAUUUUCUAAUUAUAAUUUUUUUUUUCAAAACACAAAUUAGUGAAUAAAUACCUAAUAUUUGUGUUUUAUGUAUCAUGUAUUAUUAAAAAUGCUUGUCUUAUAAUUUCCCAAUUAAACUGUAGGUACGAAUUCAGACUCAGACGAAUUAUAAUGGCAUCUGGCAUUGUAUACACUCAACGUAUAAAAUGGAAAGUGUAAGUCCCUCUUUCUAUUACACUAUCACCUACAUGGGCUCAUUUUUUUGCUUCUAAACCUCCUUACCUGUUUUGUUUAUUUUUCUUUUACAUAAGGUUUCUGGAUUUUUCAAAGGGAUGUCAAUGCCAAUUUCAACAGUGUCAGUCAGCUCAUCCAUUGUAUUUGGUGUUUAUAGAAACUUUCUAUACCAAUUAUGCAAAUUGAAAUAUGGAACAGCGGAUAUAAAGCCAUCGAAAUUGGAUAUUUUUGUGUCUGGUUACGCUGCUGGAGCAGCUCAGGUAUUUAAUCACAUAAAUCAAUUGUUGGCAUUAUUAUAAUUCUAUGUAAUAUAAAAAUUCUGUUUCAUUUAGUUGUUGAAGGCCUCAUUUGACAAUGGAAGUCCAUGUCGUAGGGAUUCCAAAAUGAUGUGUUUUAUGUUAAUUUACCUAUGGUACAUCUUUUGUUAAAACGCUGAUCUAGAAUUAAGGAUAUAUAGAAAAGUCAGCGUAUUUAGGCUUUGUAUCGAAAGUUAAAAUGGCCAUAGUAGGGUAGGGUCAUCUGAAAACUUCCAGUAAUUUUUUUUCGCGAACAGGUCUGGACGGGAAACUCUGAGUUACAGAUGACUCCUGGCCAGAUAACUGUGAGAUUUGGUAGAUAUGGCUGCAUCUCAGAUCUUGCCAGAAUUCUAAAUAAAGCAAUAUCUGUUUUUCCAUUCUCACUGAAGUAUUUUAUGUUCCUGACUCCAACACUUUCUUGUGCAUUUUUACCACUUUCCCUCCCUCUGCUACCCUAACUGGGUUCUAGAACAUGUGAUAUGAGGAAGCUGCCAAUAAGUCAGUCUCUCACAGUGAUUUUAGAGAGAUGGGAAUGAGUAUUGAAAUGUCAAUGGGCUACAACAGUUGAUGGGAAUAGGCAAGUAGAAUCUAAGUUAAUUAAAUAGCUGAUGCUUAAACAAAUUGUCAGUGGACUAGGACGGAACAAAAAUUUCUUCAUAAAAUUACCUUAGCAGCUAGAUGUGCCAUGUCCCAAGACUGGCUCAAGCCCACUACCCCGUCUAUCUCAACAGUAAUGGACAAAAUAAAAGAUAACUACCUUAUGGAUAAACUGACGGCACAGGUGAGGAACUCUAUACCUACGUUUGAAAAGAUCUGGGAACCCUGGACUGACAAUGAGUACGUUGACUGACUAAAAUGUUACUUCUUUAGAAUUCAACGAACUGUUCUGCGGGAGCUCCGUUCCGUCUGCCCCCCCUUUCCCUUUUUAAUGGGUAUGACAUGUUAAAAGACCUACCUCCACCGACGACCGUCUUCUCUUUCUUCUUCUCCAUCUCCUCUUUUCUAAUUUUUUCUCCUGGUUCUUUCUAUCGUUCAUCCUCGGCAGACUCUCCUAAGGGCCUUCUAGCCCAAGAUAUCUCCAAGGGAUUUAAAGCAAUGCUCUUUUUUUGCUUUUUUUAAAAAAUUGCUUACUCAUAAAGGUUAGGGUCUUUAUUUAGCCCAGCUUAUCCCAAUACUGAUGUGAAGUCUAUUGAAGGCGAUGUGGGGAGCUUUAUAUGACUACAUUAACAUGACAAUUUCCUUCAUUUUAUAUAUAUUAUGAUAAAAACCUGGCGGAGUUGUUAAAGGACCACUAUAGGCACCCAGAUCAUUUCAGCUUAAUGAAGUGGUCUGGGUGCCAGGUCCAGCUAGGUUUAACCCUUUUUUCUGUGAACAUAGCAGUUUCACAGAAACUGCUAUGUUUAUAUUAGGGUUAAUCCAGCCUCUAGUGGCUGUCUCAUUGACAGCCGCUAGAGGGCUUCCGCGCUUCUCACUGUGAUUUUCACAGUGAAAAGACGCCAGCGUCCAUAGGAAAGCAUUGUGAAUGCUUUCUAUGGACUGACUGAAUGCGCGCGCGGCUAUGCACAUUCAGCCGGUGACGGAAGAAGAGGGAAGAGAGGAGGAGGAGAGCUCCCCGCCCGGCACUGGAGAAAGAGGUAAGUUUAACCCGUUCCUCCCCCCAGAGUAUGUUUUCCUGGCACUAUAGUGGCCCUUUAACAAAAAGCAUCAGAAGGUUCAGAUAAUCACCAGUAUCUCAGAGCUCACUUUAUCUAGCGUUCCACUUUGUUUGAUAAGAUGCUGAUUCCUGAGAUCUGUAACACAGUUGAUGUCUUGUUUUGGAUUUUUGGAUAUGUUGAACCUUUGUAUAAUGUGAUAUAUGUGUUACUCUGCCAGUCAAAAAUAAAUAAUAAUAAAAAAAUUUAAAAAAAAUGGUCAGCUUGUGAAUUUAUCCAAUUCUUAAUUUUUAAAAUGUUUUCUUUUUUUUCAAAUAGGCUUUAGUAUCAUCGCCUGCUGACAUGGCCAAAGUACGUCUACAAACGCAAACGUUUCCACGCCAUUCCAGCACGUGUUCUUUAGUGGCAGGGCCCAAGUAUACUGGCCCAAUCCAUUGCAUCAUAACCAUUGUGCGAGAGAAGGGAUUUUUGGGGCUUUACAAGGGAUGUUCCGCUUUAAUGUUCCGAGACUGUCACUCAUUCGCCACAUAUUUCCUGUCAUAUGCCGUGUUUCGAGAGUGGUUUGUUCCAGUUGAGCAAGGCAGCUCAGGUAUGUGACUAACUGCUUUUAUCAGAUAAACGGAGGUAAUUAGUGUACACUGUGUGAGCGCUGAAUGCAUUCAUGUUAGAAACAUUUUGUUUCCUGGAAGACUGAAAUACAGCCGUAAUCUGCAUUCCAGAGACCUUUAUACGACCUUACAUGUACGAAUAUCACUCUUGUCCUAAAUCUUAUUGUGCUUUUACCUGAGCUGGCCAUGAAGUAAUUUCCAUAGAGGAAAAAAAAUUAGAUUGUAUUGAAAAAUGAUAUUUGGAUUUUAAACACCUUGCUAAGCAAUUAAAAGAAAGUCUUGCAAAUGCAGUGGGUUAUAACCCAUGAUGCAUACCCAGCCUACAAGGACUAAGCAAAGUAUGGCUUAGAGUUAUAUGGAUAACAAUCCGCAACAUUUUAAAUGUAGAUACCCCCUUAGGCUACGAACUCCAACAGGGUUAUUUACUAAAGUAGUAAAUACUCGGAAUUCAAAGUGAAUUUAAAAUUCAAAGCCAAAAUUUCCAAAUGGAAAAUAGAAUUGAUUUGGUGAAUUUUUCAGUUUGGAACUAUUUUGGCCCGAAUUUUGAACUUCACUACGAAUUCCCUGCAAUUCUCACUUUGGUGAAUAACCCUUUCUGUCUCCCUAAACCUACUGCAUGGGGUGUACACAGCUGUACCCGUGGAUGGCGUGUCUCCCAUGCCGUCAUUACGCUAGUUAUUGGAUGGUGUAGUGACGCUUGCCUUUUGAUACUAAGAUUUAUAAAGUGAAUUAUUUUAAAGUGGACAAAAAAAUAAUAAUAUACGUAUUUCUAAAAUAAGUGCAAUAUAUUAAUGACACAUGCAAAAAAUAGGAAAAAACUAAACCAGUCUGCUCACAGGAAAAGAGAAAGGUGAUUUGUUUUCAUUCAAACUGACAGUAUUGUUAUUUACUAAGGUAAGAAUUCCAAAUUCUAAAAUAAUUUAAUGCGAGUUUUAAACUUUACACCGAAAGAGCUAAACUGAGGGCAUAGUGCCCCCCUCCCACACAGCCCUCCCCCGUGGUGCAGAAGCGGUUAAAAGCACUUUCUGUCACUUACCUGACUACAGCGCUGAUGUCUAUCGGCACUGGUUCGGGGCUCCACCUCCGCUCCUCCCCUGCCAUCGCCAGCCGGCAGGAGACCUAAUUCGCAUGCAGCAAUGGGUGCGCUAACAUUAGUAUUUUCACCAUAGUUAAGCAUGUAUAAUGCUGUCCUAUUGGGUUUUAAGUCAUGUUGGAUGUCAUUAAGCAUGACGUCCAGCGUCAGUUAGGCGAUCAUCAAAUGGGUUUAAACCAGCCAAACUACGAUAACUGAACGCCAUUUGGCUUCUGAUAGGCUUUUUUUUGGCAUUUAAUGAAUUGACCCCUUAUAUGGUGAGGCCAAGGAAGUCACUCAACUUCACUGAUCCUAGUGUUCAGUGUUGAACGUGGUCUAGAAUUUAUUUUUCAGUGUUUAGUAUGAUAUUUUCAUCACAGAAUAUGGAAACUUCACAAAGGAUAUUGUAAAAAUUGUAUUCCUUACAAUAGAAUCUAGAUUCAUGAUGCAGGACACAAUAUUUUAUCUUCAAAUAUAGAUGUAUUUGAUUUCUUGGGCUUUGCUCUUUUUCUCUUGUUCAUUGUUGUGUAUCUCUUCUUGUAGAAUUGUUGGGUGUUCUGCUUUCCGGAGGAAGUGCUGGGGUGGUGGCCUGGGGCAUUGCUACGCCUAUGGAUGUGAUCAAAUCGCGGCUACAAGUUGAUGGAGUGUCCCAACAGAAGUACAGAGGUGCUGUCCACUGCAUCACAGAGAGUGUCAGGCAGGAAGGAAUCACUGUCCUCUUUAAAGGACUCUCACUGAACUGUCUUAGAGCCUUUCCAGUAAAUAUGGUGGUGUUUCUUACGUAUGAAGUCUUAGUGAAGAAAAUCAAACUCCUUACUUCUUAAACAGAAGCCAAAUGACAAGCCGUGUACACGGUAAGUGUCAGAAGAUUGGGCACUUUAGCACUCAAAUUUCGAAUGGUCAAUUAUCGCACUGCUUAUUAAUGGUAAAAGAUCUGACAAAUAUUCCUAAUUUCUAUGUUGUAAAUAUUUCAGUGCAGUGUUUCUCGAGCAUUAGGAAUCAAGACCUGUGAUACAAUCUUUAAACAAAUAUACGCACUUAUGCUGUAUAAAUGAGGGACAAUGAAGUAAAUGCUCCUUUUAAAGAAAUCAGUAUUAUAAAAUCCACCAGUAGAAUGAUCUGACAAUACAAAUUAAAUAACAUCACAAUGUCUAUUACAUACACCAAAAACUAGGGCUAUUCCAAAUGAGGAACGUCAGAAUGCAAAAAGAGGGACAGAGGUAUUUUGGUCCACAAAAAAGGUGCUAUCCCUAUGAAAUGGGAACAUAUGGGAGAUAUAUUAAUACAAGCUCAUGCUAAUUAAUGAAUUACAUUAUGGUGUGCUUCACUAAUAAUAAGUCCACAAUUUCACAUUUUAUCUAUUCCUUUUCUUUUAUGGGGUAGUGCUAUACCGAGAACGCAAAUCCAAUCAGUUUUGGCUCCAUUUAAAGAAAGUCUCUGCAGUAAUGUACAGUAGGUUACCAAUGCUUCGAAGACCGUAGGGAUUGAAGUUAUUUGAAAUUUACAUUGUACAUGUUGCUGUUCACUCACUUAUCUUCAGUUCACAAGAAAUAAUCAAUUGAUUGCUCUAGCAAUGGCCUAAUUGACCUGCGUGUUUUACCUUUCCAAAACACUUUAAAGCCAUGUUACUUUUGGUGGCAUAGUAUCGAGGUAAAGCAUAGUCAUUGAAUGUAGUGUUAGCAUUUGUGUGGUGCUCAUAGUUAUGUUUUUAAUGCUUUUAAAGAAUACUUUUACAUUAAAAAUAAAUUUACACACAAACCAGUACUUCUGGUUGAGAAGAACUGAGGACCUACAGGGCAUUUACACCAAGUGCUGCGAUCAGAUGCUUCUCCUGGAGACAAGCACUCAUAGUAUUCAGUGGCAUUAUGCUGCACAUAAUGUCACUAAACAUGACUUUAAUUAAACUGAAAGUCUUCAAUUUGGACGUGCCCCUAGAGGCUAUUAAUUUGACAGUAGAGAUUUUUGGCAAAAUGCUAAUAUUUAGUCUUGCCCCACAAAAGGAACAGACAGGGUCUAGGUAACAAAACUGUUUAAGAUUAAGUGGUUUUGGUGCUUAGAGUGUCCCUUUAAAGGGACACUGUAGGCACCAAGACCACUUCAGCUCAUUGAAGUGUUCUGGGUGAAGUGUCCCAGGUCCCUUAAUCCUGUAAAGGUAAUUAUUCCAGUUUUUGAUAAACUGCAGUAAUUACCUUGGAGGGUUAACUCCAUCUCUAGUGGCUGUCUGCCAGUUAGCCACUAGAGGUGCAUCUGUGUGGUUAGGUGAGUUUUGCAUGAGGACAUCCAGCGUCAUAGGAAACCCCAUAAGAAAGCAUUAUAUAAUGCACGAUGGAGGAAAUCUUAAAACGAGAGCGGACAUCGCCGCACAUGCGCAUUAGGUCUUCCCUGCCAAAGGACAUCGGCACAGGACUCAAGUAAGUGACAGAAGGGGGUUUUAACCCCUUCUGCACCAUAGGAGGGGCAAAAAUGGGGGGAGGCAGCAACAGAAGUGGGCACUAUAGGGAGCUAUAGUGCCAGGAAAACGACUUUGUUUUCCUGGCACAAUAGUUUCCCUUUAAGAAUGCAUAUCAUCAACAAAUAGUUAAUUGUUCACUAAUGGAAUAUUCUGGCAGAACAGUACUAAAAAAGAACCACAGCAGUCUAUUUAUAAGGCAUUACCAGCACAGAGAAGGUUCUGCAGUACACCUUGUACUCCAGCCAAGGGCAAAUGCUGUAAAAUAGAAACAGCUGGGUGGGAGAGGGGAGGAAGAGAAUACAGUGAGUGAAACACUCAAGUAAAGUAGUGUUAUUGCCUAUUUUAAUAGCCACAAUAGCUAUAUGUUGUUAGUAUAAAAAUUCUAAUACAUUACUUGUGUUAGAGAAAAUAAAUAAUGCCUUCUUUGAUGCCUGUAGGUGCCAAAAUUCAUAUCCAAAGCAAUUUCUGUACAUGUCCUGGGGAGAUUUGUUAAUAUAGAAUAUUUAUAUAAAUAUGAAGAAUGUGUGUUACAAAAAAAAAAAAAUGUGGGGCAAAAUUCUAUAAGUGGAAUGAUCACCAUAGUAACUGCUAGAAUGCACUUGCUGAUGCUACUGGUUUCCAUGGUGACAACUCUGCUCUUAGCAUGCUACCCUACAUUCUAUUCUAGACUCAUUUAAAUACCCUACAGUGUAGCAUCCUGCAGGUGGACGUCGCUAUGGCAACCAUUGAUACAGUAUGCAGUUAGAUAUGUAAAUUACAAUAAAUUGUACCAUUACAAUUUAUUUACUUACAUAUUAGACUACAAUUCUCUCAUGCACUAGCAUCCAUGGGGAUACUAAGUUGCACUGUGACUUGCUUAAUUAAAGUGACAUAACCACUUUUUGUAAAGACAGAUUCUUUGUGAACAGCUCUUGUUGACUACGCUGGAAUUAUUUUGAAAUUGCAACUCUAUCAAAACAUAUCCAUAAGACAUUGGCAUGGGAACAUUGACACCACCUUGUGUGUGGUGUUUUGGGACCUCUUUUUGUACUCUUGUGCAAAAUGGAAGCAGUUCGCAUAACUUUUUAAUUAAUUUAAUAUUUAAUAUACAGCCCCUAAUCUUUGUUACAGGUGGGUGGGCUGGACCAUACAAGCCAUUGUGAUAAGUAUUUGUGACAAGUUUCAUAUCACAGAGUACUGGUAUUUAAAGGGACAUUCCUAACCUAUAAAUAUUGAAUGUAUUAAAUAUAUAUUUCCACUUUGCCUUGUAACAUAAAUCUGUGUGUUUAAUAAAUAAUGUAUUAAAAUGA